GAUAAGACACACGUUUGUUUACCAAGCACCAAUAAACCUCAGAAGAAGAAGUCUAGUUUCAUCACUCUCCGUUUUGUUUUAUUGUGGCGCUGUUUAAUACAAUCUAUUAGCUGUUUUUUUCUGCAAGUAGAAAAUACAGUUUUUGAAACUUUUAAAUUAAUAUUCUCAUCCUCACAGUCGUGACUAAGUUUUGAAUCAAGCAGGAAUAUCUGGAGGAGGAUAAUCUGAACUGAGAUCUGCUGCUGUAAAGAUGAUGUUUGUUAAAGAGGAGAACACGAGUGAACCAGAAACCUGGAGAAUAAAACAUGAGGAACCAGAAACCUGCAGAAUAAAACACGAAGAGCCAGAAAGCUGGAGAAUAAAACACGAGGAACCAGAAACCUGGAGAAUAAAACAAGAGGAACCAGAAACAUGGAGAAUAAAACACGAGGAACCAGAAACUAUAAGAAUAAAACAGGAGGAACAAGGAGUGUUUAUUGAAGAAAGUGAGGCAAAUGAAGAAUUGAGUGAAGAUGAGGAGAAUCAUCAUGUCAGAACUGAAGAAAAACCUUUGAGUUGCUCUCAAACCAAACAAAAAGUUUUACAGAAUAGGGCCAAGAAAUCUUUCACUUGUCCUCAAUGUGGAAAGAGUUUGAUAAGAAAAAAUAGUCUUGUGCUUCACAUGAGAGUUCACACUGGAGAGAAACCGUUCACGUGUGAUCAGUGCGGGAAGAGUUUCACACAAUCAUCAAGCCUUAAGUAUCACAUGAACAACCACACUGGAGAGAAACCACACAACUGUUCACACUGUGACAAGAGAUUCAGUCGGUCAGGAGAUCUAAAAACACAUGAGAGGAUCCACACUGGAGAGAAACCGUACACAUGUGAUCAGUGUGGGAAGAGUUUCACACGAUCAUUAAGCCUUAAGAAACACAUGAUCAUCCACACUGGAAAGAAACCCUACAAGUGUUCACACUGUGACAAGAGAUUCAGUCAGUCUGGAUACCUGAAAGCACACCAGAGGACCCACACUGAAGAGAAACCGUACACAUGUGAUCAAUGUGGGAAGAAUUUUGUACGGAAAGGAAUCCUUAUGACACAUAUGAAAUUUCAUACAGAAGAGAAACUGUACACAUGUAAUCAAUGUGGAAAGUGUUUGACAAGCGAAAGAAAUCUUGAGCGUCACAUAAUUGUUCAUACUGGAGAGAAACUGUACACUUGUGAUCAAUGUGGGAAGAGUUUCACACAAUCAUCACGCCUUAAGAGACACAUGAAUAUCCAUACUGGAGAGAAGCUGUACUCAUGUGAUCAGUGUGGCAAAAUGUUUUUGAGGUCUUCAGACCUGAAGAAGCACCUGAGUGUUCAUACCAAGGAGAAGCCACAUUCAUGUUAUUGUUGUGGAAAGAACUUUUCACGUAUUUCAACUUUGAAAGUGCAUCAGAAAACACACACUGGUGUGAGAGAGUUCAUGUGCUUUGUGUGUGAAAAGACUUUCAUUUCAGCAAACUGUUUAAAACUGCACCAGAGGAUUCACACUGGAGAAAAACCUUAUGAGUGUUCACAUUGUGACAAGAGAUUCAGUGUGUCAUCAAGUCUGAAAAGACACAAGAGGAUCCACACUGGAGAGAAACCGUAUCACUGCACUGCAUGUGGGAAAUGUUUCAAACAUUCAUCUGCUCUACACAGUCAUACAAAAAACUAUCACAAGUUGAUUGAAGAAACCGAGGAGAAUAAGGAAUCCAGUGAAGUUGAGGAGAAAAAUCAAGUCAAAACUGGAGAAGUGCAGAGUACCAAACUAAAUCACCAAACAGUAAAUAUUUAAAGAAAAGAAGAGCCAAGAAAUAUUUCACCUGCAGAGUUUCACAUGCAAAACAAUGUCUUGUCAAUGUCUUGAGCACCAUAUGAGAGUUCGUAAUGGAGAGAAACCGUGAUCAGUGUGGGAUGUUUCACACAAUCAUCACAUUGUUAGAAGCACAUGAACAUUCACACUGGAGAGAAACUGUAUGCAUGUGAUAAAUGCGGUAAAAUGUUUUUGUGGGCUUCAGUUCAGAAGAAACACCUGAAAGCUCAUUCAAAGAGAAGCCACAUUCAUGUAAUUUGUGUGGCAACAGUUUUUUUUUGUGUCCGCACAAUUGAAAGUACAUCAGAAAAUACAUACUGUACUGCUGUGAGAGAGUACAUGCUUUGAGUGUGAAAAGACUUACUUUAAUGAACUGUAUCACUGCACUGCAUGUGGGAAGCACUUCAAACAUUCAUCUGCUCUCAACAGACAUACAAAAAUCAUGCCCAAUAAGGCCCCGUACAGACAGAGAUACAUUUAGCUGUAUUCAUCCAGAUGGAUCCAAGGUUUUGGGAGCCUGAAACCACUUUUUUUUUUUAACCAGGGUGGAUAAAUCUGAAGACGUCAUUCUUGCUUUUUCGUGUGUACAGUCAGUUUGUAUAUUUUGUGAAACAAUGUUAUCAUCACUGCACGUCCAUGUCAGACGCAGCUAUGUCAUGGAAUAACGAAAACUAACAAUGCAGACUACAUGCUUGUGUUCGUGCUGCAGAAAACUAUUAUCUUUACUAACUUAAUUAGAUUUCUUGUUGUGUUGGAUUUGUAUACAGCGUGCAAGGUUUAUGCACAUGCUCUAAGUCUUCUAUUAUUUAAGUGCAUCUCUGUGCCAGCGUUAUUCUUGUAUACUGUAUUCUUAUGAGUUUCAUUUAAUUCAUGUUCAGUUGUCUUGAAAUGCAUAUUAUGUGUCACUUGUAGUUUGCUUAAAUUUCCUUGAAGGGAAGUAGAAGCUUUUUACACACUGUUCUUAUUCAGUAAGAAUGCUGUUCUGGUUUUGGUGCUGGGGAAAUUAAGGAAAAUCACUUACAAUUUAUUAUUGAUACAUAAAUAUAUUAAAUAUAUUAAUAUUAACUGUCUUGCCAACUGUUUCUACAUGUGAUAAUAUCCAGAUAUCUGUCUUUAAAUCUUUUAAUUGCCUAAUAAACUAUAUUUUACAGCACACAAGAAAAGUUUGAAUAA